GUCCUUCUGUUCUCAUCGCUGAACAUUAGCUUCUCUUAAUCCUUUUUUUUUGGUGCAGCAGAUUCUUUUUUAUUUUUUGUCUUUCUGGGGCCAACAGAAAGGUGCAAAAGUAGAAGAAUGGAAAGUGAUGUACAGUUUGAACACCUCCUCGAUAGUUACGGAUUAAUAAGUGACUUGUUUAUAUUUAUUUUAACGUUUGUUAGCCCUUUACAUUGACUUUCCAUUUUCUGUUCUUUUUGCGCCUUUCUUUGGACGCUCAUGCUUUUCUUGCAAACUCAUCCUACACAGGGCUUUGACUUUUGGAAAUUGAAGUUUGCGGUGUCAAAUUUCGGUGGGUUGGGAAUGAACUGAUUUAUCAUGAGGGGGAAAUGAGGAGUUCACAACGUGAUUGUUCUGAUUUUUCUAUUUGUGGAGAUGAAACCGAUUACGUAACACUGCAGGCGUGAAGUUUGGUGCUCCAGAGAAUUUAACUUUCACCGUCUGAAUGAUCGUAUGGCUUUGUCAACUUUAACUGUCUGAUGAAACAGGCAGAUUCAUCUUAAACUGCGGCCCUGUUUUUACAGACUUUGAGGGUUAAGGCUGGCUACACACUCGACUAAUUUCAAAUCUUAACCGAUUUUAGAAACGUUGGAGACCACAGACACGAGGAUCGUUUCCACUGAUUGACCAGUGGUUCUCAACUGGUCUAGCCUCAGGACCCACCACCAACUCCUUAAUGAUAAAUUUGGGACCCAAAAGUGGAGGUUUUGACCACGACUGUACAAAACAUGAUAGAGCAAAAAAUGCAGAAUAAAACCAGCAUGUUUUAAAAAGCUCUCCAUAAACAUUUUGACCCACUUAAAACGGCUCCUCGACCCACUUUUGGGUCCCAACCCACCAGUUGAGUACCACUGCAGUGGACGAUUCGGCCAGACCGUGAAACCACACACCUGCCGUCUGUAGUCACGAUUUCACAGACUCGAUAUCUCCCAGAAACUCGCUUGAUCAAACGUGACUUCAGAAGAAAAACAAACAUGGAGGACAGUCCACGUCGUCAGCUGCAUGAGACUUUACAAAGACGAUUGUGUUGUUGCCAUGGCAACACCAGCUGCUCUUUCUUUUUCAAAACUCCUCGGUUGUGUGUAUGUCCCUCCGCUGCCAUGUUUGUGAGCAACAUCCGGUCUGCUCUCUCUCAUUGGCUAUUGCUGGUGUUCCAUCAGUGGCGGCCCCAUCUGGAAUCGUAAAUAUCGAACAUCUUUGGUGUUUACGAUUCAAGCUCGGGGAGGCUCCGACUCGAUCUGGUGUCAGUAAAAUAAUCGUACUGUCACCAGGUUUAAUUGGACAAAUAAUCGGCAUGCCUCAAAUCAGGACCAACCCACAAACCCUGAUCGUUGGGGUUGAGGUGGGGGGCAAAUCCGGCCCAAAAUCCAGCUUUAAAAUUGUCUGGUGUGUAGCCGGCCUAACCGACUUAAAGGUACAAACAUUUUGGAGCUGCUCCAGUUGAUUCGUUGAGCCAGCAGCAACCAAAACAUGAACUUAAAUAACUGCAGUCCAAUCACUGCUGACCGGGCUGGGCUUGAAUUAGACGUCCCCAUUAAGGAGUUACUGUCUGUGAUUAUGAGAUGUUAUUCUCUUAUUCCAAUCGUUCUACCAGCGGGUCUUAAAGGGUUAAUGAAACAGAUCUUGAUGAUGAUGAUGGGGGGGGGUGAGGUUUCAGGUCAUGUUUGGAAUGGCUUUGCAUGGACCCGAGAUGCUGAGCUUUCUGAUUUCACAUUAACAUGGAUGAUUCAAACUCUCAGAUUGGUUCCUGGUCCGUUCUGACUCUGAUGAAUGGCGGGCAUGAACUAAUCUCUGCUUCUCUCUCGUUGUGUCUUACUGUGUGGUAGAGGUUGCACUAAAAGUUGCUUUUCCAGAGUAUCAACUAGUUGCCAACAAACAAAAACAAUAAUCCAACAGAAACUAUCAAGUCAUGGCGUGCAAUACCAAUUAAAAUAUCAGUUAUGUUCCGAAUAACCAAGUCAGAAAGUCGAAUCCAAAUAUCUGUAAAUAGUGUUGUAGGCAAAACCACACUAUCCGAGACCAAGCCAUACCCGAGACCAGAGUGCUCCGAGACCGAGACAAGACCAAGACAUUUAGGGAUCGAGUCAGAGUCAAGACCAAGACCAAGGGAGGGCGAGACCAAGUCAAGACCAAGACCAAGGCAGGCCGAUACCGAGACAAGACCAAGACCAAGGCAGGAUGAGACCGAGUCAAGACCAAGACCAAGGCAGGGCGAGACAGAGACAAGACCAAGACCAAGGCAGGGGGAGGCCAAACCAAGACCAAGGCAGGGGGAGGCCAAGACAAGACCAAGACCAAAGCACGGCGAGACCAAGACCAAGGCACGGCGAGACCAAGUCAAGACCAAGACCAAGGCAGGGCGAGAUCAAGACAAGACCAAGACCAAAGCACGGCGAGACCAAGACCAAGGCACGGCGAGACCAAGUCAAGACCAAGACCAAGGCAGGGCGAGCCCAAGUCAAGACCAAGGCAGGGCGAGAUCAAGACAAGACCAAGACCAAGGGAGGGCGAGACUGAGACAAGACCAAGACCACGGCAGGGCGAGACCUAGUCAAGACCAAGACAGGGCGAGACCAAGUCAAGACCAAGACCAAGGCAGGGCGAGACCGAGUCAAGACCAAGACCAAGACAGGGCGAGACCAAGUCAAGACCAAGACCAAGGCAGGGCGAGACCAAGACAAGACCAAGGGAGGGUGAGACCAAGUCAAGACCAAGACAAGACCAAGACCAAGACCAAGGCAGGGCGAUACCGAGACAAGACCAAGACCAAGACCAAGGCAGGACCAGACAGAGACAAGACCAAGACCAAGGCAUGGCAAGACCCAGACAGAGACAAUACCAAGACCAAGAGACAAGACUGAGUCAAAAUGCUUUCAAUUCCGAGACCCAGACCGUCAUAAAAUGGACUCGAGACCGGUCUUCAGACAAAGACUGGUUUCCUGUACCACAACACGAGCUGUACAUCGAUGAUAAGUAUUGUUUAAAUGAUAAAUAGUCUUUUUGUUUUUUUAAUGUAACUUUUUCACUUGAGUGGUAGCAGCUGACAGGGGAUUGUGGGUAGUGUAGUUCUUUACCCCGAGAUUGAAAAUAAACUAUCUAAAUAUACUAUCUUAAACGAGGUAGAUAUCAGACGAACUUGUGUCUCCUCCAGGAGCAUUAAACCAUCGCUUCACACUCGAUGUAGCUCGUGGUCGGUCUACCUGUGAUGGUUACGACAUCAUGACUAAUAAUCAAAUCCACUAUGGAGAAAAUUAACAGGAUUUUACUUCCAGGAUCGGUCUGUUUAGCUCAAAAGGCAUAAUCUUAAAGUAAAACCACCUCGCUAAGGAGCAGCCGUCUCAUCGCUCUGUACCUCAACCAACAGAUAAAAUCCAUCACUAGUUGAUAUAUUAUGUAAUAAGAACACCUGGAUGACUUGAAUGAACUGGUUAAAAAUCAGUCUUUGUGCAACUUCUACUGCACACUCUGCUGGUCAGCACUUCUACUAACUGUGUGGUCUAAGGUUCACUGAGCAAACGUCCUCCAGUUCAGUAAGUUUAAUGUCCGUCCUCUCAGUCUGGUUAAUAAAUGUCACCACAUAACUACAGUCACCUGAAGAGUAACUUAAAGGACAGGCUCACGUUUCUUCAAGUCGGCCUCACAUAAGCACUAACAUGCCCUCAUGUACAUUGACAGUAUCCCCACUAUAGGGGCCUUUAAUGAUCGCCUCCUGUUGUGUUUUAAACCGAAGUGAUGGGGGACAAAACACCUAGCGCUCUUUAUGGCAGGAAGGCAUUCAUUAGGUUAAAGGUCACAUAUUCUCCUCCUCUUCUUCAGUUUAAAUAAGUCUCAGAGCUCCUCAAAACAUGUGUGUGAAGUUUCUUGUUCUAAAUCCACUCUGAUCCUGUAUUUGAUCAUGUCUAUAAACCCCUCUAUUUCAGCCCUGCUCAGAACAGGCUGUUUCUGUGUCUGUACCUUUAAAUAUGUAAAUGAGCUGUGUCUGACCACACCCCCCUCUCUGGAAGGGCUUUUGGGUGUACUCGGGCUUUCUCGCUCCAUGCCCUAUUGUUUACGGUGAGAAGGCAGACUCAGAGGGCAGAACAAACACCUAGCUGUGGGAGUGUCACCCACCUGGGGGAGGGGCUACUGCCCUUUGUGAUGUCAUGAAGGGAAAAUCUCCAAACGGCCUUUUUGAGCACAAUUUUUUUGAAAAUUAGAGCAGUAAAAGACGGAGAGGAUGGACUUUUCUCAUCAUUGGGGGUUUGUAGACGGACUAGGGACACAGUUAGAGAAACAUGGAGAGUAUUUGGCACAAUAUGUCACCGUUUUAUAUCUCAGGAAAGAAAGGUGAAGACUCAGUCAAGAUUUGAGAUGUUAUGUUUGUAUUAAAUUGUUUUGUUUGGUUGAUGAAUGAACUUACACAAAUGAAUAAAUGAACAAAGCAGGCAGGCAUAAAAUGACCCUGAAUAAAAUGAC